GUCGUCUGCACUUUCAAGGUGCGCUAUCGUUGUUGCUCUACUCGCCGUUUUCGCAGCAGGUACACAUAACUUCCUUCAGAACAAAACUCAGACUCUCUUUCAUCAUAUGUAUCAAUAUCUUCAAAAGUGCGGAGCAGAAUAGUGUCUGGUACAAUGAGGAUGAUUAUUUGACUUUGAAACGCCAUAGGUGCAGUGAUAGCACCAGAAGCAUCAGCCAAUGAGAGCGAAAACAAGCAUUUGAAUCCGCUUAAGCCAGGCCGUGCACGUCCAGUGGCACGGGCGAACGAGCCCCGGCGAAAAGCUCCAAUUGGCAUUGCUAAAAGGGCUUCAGGAGGUUCGUCUGCAAGUAAAAGCAUUUCUCAACAAAUCGACAAGAAAACAUCCAAGAGUCGCCAUCGGGAGAGCACUAGU